AUGGAGAUCAAAAUAAUGGAUGCUAUUGCCAUCAAAGAAGAAAAAUGUAAAGUGUUGGAAACAAAGCUUCGCUACACUGAGAAGCAUGUCGAUGAUUUGCUAUCGGAGAAGGCUGUCACUAGAAGUUGUAUUUCCAACAUUAUUGGAUUGCUCUCUGAUAUCAUUGAGACUCGUGAUCCCAUGAUCUCCAUCAUUGUAAAGAAGCAUCUGGAUAAGAAGUUGUGCCCGGUGUUCGCUAUGUUACACCGUUUGGAAGGUGUUAUGAAACUAGUGGCAUUUUCGCAACAAGGGGAGAAGGUGGCUCCAAAGUUCAAUUGGAUGAACCCCCCAAAGCUCCAGCCAACCCUCCUAUCAUCAAGAAAGAACCCAAGUGUAAAGAAAAGUUAUUUUACGAUGAACCUAUUAUCGGUGAUGAAGGAGACGAAGAGCCUAAUGAAGUUGAGCUUAAUAGGCGGAAGGAUCGCUAGGCAGAGUUGGACGAAAAUGCUCGCAUUGUCAGAGAGGAAGAGGAAAAAGAAAAGGCUGAUAAAGAAUUUUAGGCCACACUCAAAAGCCAAAUGA